GUGAAGCCGCACAUGUAUAGUGACAGUGAGCAACAUGUGGCUCAUCAACGAGCUGAACAAUCGUCUGAGAGAAGAACCUAUCCUCCCUGCUUGUGCGCUGUAGUCGUCAUUCUACUGGCAUUGGCCGCGGUGGGACAAGUGUGUUUCUUCUCUCUAUACUCUCUGAUCGCUGUGCAGUUUUCCAGCUGUCUCCGAUACGUAAACAGCUGAUUUUAUAACUCAUAUUGAUGGUUGAUUGGUUUGCGGUAGACACAAGUCAUAUUGCCUGAUUUGAUUUUCAAGUUUCAAGUUCAUUGCAAAAUAUUUGCCCUGAUUCACGUCUCCUUCGUAUCAGUGAUGCCGCAUCUGUGAUAACUUGCCGACGCGACGUGAAAGAUACUCUAGAUACUAGAUACUAGAGCUAAGUAUUCUGCUGCUGUGAUCAUAGUGAGAAAAGUGCUCGCUUAUCUGCGACAGGUUUAUGUGAUCAAACAAAAACGCUGUGAUUGGUGAUAAAAAAAAGUGUGGUAGCCUAUCUACAACGGAUUGGGAUGACACUAUUCACGUUGAGUCGCGAGCUAGAACACGUAGUGUAAUAUGGAAGCACCGAAGGUGAAACUAUGCGAUAAUCCACGCCAAAAUGCCAGCUUGCUGUCGGUAUUAACCUUCUGGUGGACGGUGGACAUGUUCCGGAAGGGUUCAACCAAGACCCUGGGAUUGUCGGAUCUGUAUAAACCGCUGGAGGCCGACCACGCUGACAGAUUGGGAGAUCAAUUGGAGCGAAACUGGCGAUUGCAGCUUCAUAAAUGUAAACAACACAAGAAUGCGCGACCUUCACUGGUGAAGGCCAUCUUUCGAACUUUCUGGAAAGACUGGGUUGUGCUGUCGUUGAUUACAGUUUUCGGGGAGAUAGUCCUCCGCAUUGCUCAACCCAUUCUCCUCGGACGACUUCUGCUGUACUUCAGACGCCAAUCGGACAUAUCCUACGAGGAAGCCCUGUACUAUGCGAUCGCCAUGAUCGCAGCCAAAGCGGGCAGCAUCAUUCUCGACAACCAGUACGGCAUUCUGACCUGUUUGACCGGAAUCCGGACCAAGAUUGCAAUGUGCAGUGUGCUAUAUCGGAAGUCGCUACGGUUGUCCAGGAAUGCCCUCGGGGAUACAUCACCCGGGAAGGUUGUGAACCUCAUGUCCAACGAUGUGAACCGGUUCGACAUUGUAGCUUUCCUCAUCUGCUAUAUGUGGGCAUCGCCUAUUAUACUGGUUAUUGUGCUGGUUCUGCUGUGGUACGAAGUGGGUUGGGCUGGUCCCAUCGGUAUGGUGGUCAUUUUUGUGGUUACGCCGAUUCAGUCAUUUUUCGGCAAACUAACGUCACGCUACCGGCUUCAAACGGCCCUUAAAACGGAUGAGCGUAUUCGACUGAUGGACGAAAUCAUUUCCGGAAUCCAGGUCAUCAAGAUGUACGCAUGGGAGAAACCGUUCGCCAAGUUGAUUUCCGCUGCUAGAAGAGCGGAGCUGAAAAUAGUUCUGAAAAGCGGUUUCAUCCGGGGUUUGUACAUGACCUUCGGGUUGUUUACGACUCGAGCUGCACUAUUCGCCACAAUGGUUGGUUUGAUCUUGAUGCAGGAAGAGAUAACGGCUGCCAAGGUGUUUGUUGUAGCUAGCUAUCUAAACAUUGUGGCGUUUUCCAUGUCGGGAAUGUUCGUAAGAGGGGUUGCGGAAAUUGCCGAGGGAUUGGUUGCAACUCGCCGGUUGCAAAAGUUCUUAGAGUAUGAUGAGAUUUCAGAACGAUUUCUUCAAAACGGAGGAUGCGAGGAUUCAGAUAAACCUGAACGCGAAGAAUCGAAUGUAGCACUGUCUUUUCAAGGGGUAACUGCCCGCUGGGUCAUGCCCCAAGAAGAAAAUCAGAGUCACCGUCCGCUUACACUGGAUAACUUGAAUGCAGAUAUCCCGAGGGGUCGACUGGUGGGAAUUGUUGGAGCAAUCGGAUCUGGAAAAUCGUCCAUUCUGCAAGCUAUUCUCGGUGAACUACCGUUAGAAGCCGGGCGAAUCGUGUGCAAUGAAACGAUUUCCUAUGUCAGUCAAGAACCGUGGUUGUUCGCUGGAAGUAUUCGACAGAACAUUCUUUUCGACAACGCUUUGGAUCGGAAGCGAUACAAGAAAGUGCUUCGAGUGUGCGCAUUGGAAGCUGAUUUGGAGCAAUUCCCGGAUGGUGAUGAGACUCUGGUCGGGGAGCGAGGUAUUUCACUUUCCGGUGGACAGAAAGCUAGGAUAUGUUUAGCACGAGCAGUCUACAAGCAGUCCGGUAUAUACCUUAUGGAUGAUCCCCUAAGUGCUGUUGAUGCCCACGUAGCCAAACAUCUUUUUGAGUUGUGCAUUGGAGACAAAGGAUUUCUAGGUAGACAAGGUGCAACACGAAUCUUGGUUACUCAUCAAGUACACUUUCUGGUGGAAGCAGACUGGGUCAUUGUAAUGAAUGAUGGUAAAAUCGAAGCCCAAGGACCACCGCAGGAACUGAUGCACAAUGGGAUUGACUUUGUACAGAUGGGCGAGUCCGAAAGCACUCCGGACCACGACACCCAUCUGAGUCGGCAGGAUUCGUGUACUUCCGUCACUUCGUCGCGAUCCAGCGUCAGUGAAGAGGACAACGACGAAAGGGCGGAACAGUACGAUAGCAAAAAGAUGGAACAAGCUUUUGAGAAAUCUUCGGCGGACAGUCUGGCGGGAUCCAUGUUCCUUCAUUAUUCGUCAGGUGCUGGCGGGUUGGCAAUAGCCAUCUGCCUGAUAUUUCUAUUUGUGCUUACUCAGCUGAUUGUCAGUUUCACCGAUUAUUGGAUUUCAUUCUGGGUGUCUCAAGAGGAGUUAAGGUCGUUUAUUGAAGCUAAAAACGAUUCUCAUGUGUUGGAAAUUGGUUCUUCCGAACCACUCGGCACGGAUGUAUGUUUGUACGUUCAAGCUGGAGCAGUUGCUGGUAUUUUUGUUGUAGGUAUGAUAAGGGCCGUCAAUUUCUACCGUUCCUGUGCACGUGCCUCGCAGAACAUCCACGAUUGGUGCUUCAAGGGUUUCAUCUCGGCAACGAAGCGCUUCUUCGACACGAACCCAUCAGGUCGAAUUCUGAACCGGUUCUCCAAGGAUAUGGGUGCCAUGGACGAGCUACUACCCAAGUCGAUCAUGGAUGCCACACAAACCGUACUAACCAUCAUAGGCGCCAUGCUGGUGAUUCUGAUCGUUCAACCGUUCUUUCUGAUACCGAUUUUGAUACUGCUGGCCAUAUUGCUGUACACGAGAACGAUCUACAUGAAGACUUCGCAGAACAGUCGGCGAUUGGAAGGAAUCACGCGAUCCCCAAUUUUUACCCACAUUGCCACCACCUUGAACGGUCUCCCGACGAUUCGGUCUUUCAAGGUUCAACAACUGCUGAUUGCAGAGUUCGAUCAACACCAAAACGUCAACACCGGAGCGUACUUUAUGUUCCACUGCGGGAGAGUUGCAUUCGGAAUGGUGCUAGAUUUGAUAUUCUUCGUGUUUCUGGUAACCGUAGUGUUCACUUUCCUGUUGCUGGACAACAGCGUCCUCGGAGAUAAGGUAGGUUUAGUGGUUACUCAGAUAACUGCCUUGGCUGGGAUGCUGCAGUUCGGAAUUCGACAAAGUGCCGAAAUGUUUAACCAUUUGAUCGCGGUCGAACGGUUGCUGGAGUACAGAGACUUGCCAGCGGAAAAGCAGCCCAAGGAAGACGCAGAACGUGCGGUUUUACCAAAACAAUGGCCUUCAGAAGGUCGGAUAGAGUUUAAAAAUGUAAAGUUUAAGUAUUUCGAGGACGCUCCACUUGUUCUUCGGGAUCUUAGCUUUGAGAUCAAACCUAGGGAAAAGGUAGGAAUUGUUGGUAGAACCGGUGCUGGUAAGUCCUCGAUCAUCGGUGCGUUAUUUCGAACGGCAAUUAUCGAAGGAAAUAUCGCCAUUGAUGGCAUAAACACGGAAAAUAUCACCUUGGAAACCUUGAGAUCGAAUAUUUCCAUCAUUCCACAAGAUCCGGUAUUAUUCAGUGGAACGUUGAGAAAAAAUCUAGAUCCUUUCGAUAAGUAUAGCGACGCAGAUCUGUGGCAAGCGCUUGAACUGGUUGAACUGAAGGAAGUUGCCGAUGGACCUUCCGGGUUGCAGACUUACAUUGCAGCUGGCGGGUCGAACUUCAGCGUGGGGCAGCGGCAACUGCUGUGCUUGGCGAGAGCUAUUCUUCGAAGCAAUAGGAUUCUGGUGCUAGAUGAAGCCACGGCAAAUGUGGACCCAGAAACUGACCAUCUGAUCCAGCAAACCAUUCGGCAACGAUUCGCAGAAUGUACGGUACUGACGAUAGCACACAGACUCAAUACCAUCAUGGAUUACGAUCGGAUACUGGUGAUGAGCGACGGCAAAGCGGUGGAGUUUGGAACCCCAUGCGAGCUGGUGCAGAUUCCUCAGGGAGUGUUUAGAGAAAUCGUUAUGGCUACCGGUCCGGUGGAAGCGGAAAAUCUCAUCAAUUUGGCAAAAAAAUAGAGUCUACUUACUUAGAAUUAGAACAGGUCAAUUGUUAUACAACACAAAGGUGUACUUACAUAGAAAUAUAUUUUUAUAUACAUUUACUUAUGCGUUAUGAUGAGUCGUAUCUGAUACAGACCUAACUAAUUACCGUAAACUGUAAACAGAGUGUUCGUUGUUUUUGUUCUUGAAUAACAAUGACAGUUUAAUUAGUUUAGAAAAAAAAAAUGAACUAGUUAAGGGACACAAAUUCGUAAUGAGUUAAGUUAUUAUAAGACCUAUACAUAUAGUGAAGUAGUA